AGCAUUUAUUGUCAACUUUCAAUUUUCUGCUCUUAUGUAUCGACAUAUCUUUACGUUUAACGUUAGAUCUAUACAUCAAUUCUAUACUAAUCAUGACCAGGUCGAGGAAGCCAUUUCAGAAAACCCACCAGUUGUCGAGCAACCAGAGUCAAAGGAAGAGUCAACUAGUCCCUCUGAAGAACAGCAAUCUGUCGAAAGCCCGCCAGUCUCAGCAGAGGAGGAAAAGCUAGCUCCUGCCGAGCCGGAACCCGAGCCGGAAGCUGUGGUAAGUCCUGUUUUCAUUCAUAUAAAAUCAUACACAAAAUUUUACGAUGUUAAUUAUUAUUAGGUCGAGGAAACAAAGGAAGCUCCAGUAGAAUCUAGCCCUGUCGAGCCUGAGACCAUCGAAUCUCCAGCAGAGCCUGAAACAACCAAAGAGGAAAGCACUGAGCCAAAAGCGGAUGAAGAAGCUGUAAGUAAUGAUCUCAUUUCGAGGAAGUCAUCUCGUGACCUAUUUUCUAUUUUGAUUUUCCAGUUUGUCAAAAGACCUAAAGUAUUCUCGAUACAAUAAAGCACCUCAAAUG